AUACUAGAGGGUAAGGGGAGGAAAGGACUUUCUAGAUGUUGCAUUGAUGCCCUUUAGCCUCGUGAGACAUAUUCUCUUACUGGAAUAACUUGAUUGCUCGCUGGAAGCCUCAAGGGAAAUGCGCAAAAAGAUGCAAUGCUAUUAAAACAUAAUUUUCCAGAACUCGUCGAAAUAACUGCUGACAGUCUAGAGUCCGAAGUGCUGUGGUUAAUUGAAAUGUAAAAGAAAAAGAAAAAAAAAAUGAAGGAGUAAUUCAAGAAACAGAAUCUAAUUUAGAGGAUUGGGGAAAAAAAAAUCUCUAGGUUGUGUGAGGGGGAGGGGCCUGUCUGUCUUCCCGAAACGAGUGUUUGGUCACUAGUAAGCCCUAGUGAGCACGCUGCUUUCCAGACAUCCUGCUAGCCACGAAAAUUAAACGAAGUCUUGAGUUUCAAAAGUGUCUCCAGAAAUAAGGUUAAUCUGAGCUUCUGUCAAGGUCAAUACCGACUCCUGAGAGCAGACAAAAAUUAACACUUGAAUGUUUGACUUCCGGUUUCAAUUUAGACAGCUGGGUAGCAUUGUGCUCUCCUGAGACUUCUAUGAGAUUUGAGGUGGUGUUCCUGGAAAUGCAGCCUCUGAGCCCAAUGUUGCUGGCCUUCCUGGAAAUAAAUGAUCUCUCCAUUGUUCUUCGAACUCAAGAGUUGGGGUCUUUUCCCUGCAACUAAGAAUCCCGCAUGAUACAUUGCCAGAUGAAGUGACUGAGAAGGAGUGAGCACCUUGCCUUUGCAGACAGGACAGCAUGGAGCAGCCAUUCACUGUGAAUUCACUGAAAAAGUUAGCUGCUAUGCCUGACCAUACAGAUGUUUCUCUAAGUCCAGAGGAGCGGGUCCGCGCCCUAAGCAAACUUGGUUGUAAUAUCUCCAUUAAUGAAGAUAUCACCCCACGCCGUUACUUCAGGUCCGGAGUGGAAAUGGAAAGGAUGGCAUCUGUGUAUUUGGAAGAAGGAAACCUGGAAAAUGCCUUUGUUCUUUAUAACAAAUUUAUAACGUUAUUUGUAGAAAAACUUCCCAGCCACCGAGAUUACCAGCAGUGUGCAGUUCCAGAGAAGCAGGAUAUUAUGAAGAAACUGAAGGAGAUUGCGUUCCCAAGGACAGACGAAUUGAAAACGGACCUGCUAAGGAAAUAUAACAUAGAAUACCAAGAGUAUUUGCAAAGUAAAAACAAAUAUAAAGCCGAAAUUCUCAAAAAGUUGGAACAUCAGAGACUGAUAGAGGCAGAGCGCCAGCGGAUAGCUCAGAUGCGCCAGCAGCAACUAGAGUCUGAACAGUUCCUGUUUUUUGAAGACCAACUCAAGAAGCAGGAGUUGGCUCGAGGCCAGAUUCGAGGUCAGGACUCUCCGGUGUUGUCUGAGCAGACUGACGGAAGUGCGCUGUCCUGCUUUUCCACCCACCAGAGCAACUCUCUGAGGAACGCAUUUGCAGAUCACCCUCAUAAAAGUGAUGGAAGCAAUUUCGCUAACUACUCUCCUCCCGUGAACAGGGCCCUAAAGCCAGCAGCCACCCUGAGUGCUGUUCAGAAUUUGGUGGUUGAAGGGCUGAGGUGUGUAGUUUUAUCAAGAGAUCUUUGCCAUAAAUUUCUGCUGCUGGCUGACUCUAACACAGUGAGAGGAAUAGAGACCUGUGGGAUCCUCUGUGGAAAACUGACACACAAUGAAUUCACCAUUACUCAUGUGGUUGUGCCAAAGCAGUCUGCUGGCCCAGACUAUUGCGAUGUGGAGAACGUCGAAGAAUUAUUCAAUGUUCAGGAUCAACAUGGUCUCCUCACACUGGGAUGGAUCCAUACACACCCCACGCAAACGGCAUUCCUGUCCAGUGUGGAUCUCCACACUCACUGCUCCUACCAGCUUAUGUUGCCAGAGGCCAUUGCCAUUGUGUGUUCCCCAAAGCAUAAAGACACCGGCAUUUUCAGGCUCACCAACGCUGGCAUGCUUGAGGUUUCUACUUGUAAAAAGAAGGGCUUCCAUCCUCACACCAAGGACCCCAAGCUGUUCAGUAUAUGCAGCCAUGUGUUAGUAAAGGACAUAAAAACAACUGUGUUGGAUCUGAGGUGACAUGCCCUAACUGUAAGACCAUCUGUGGACGUGUGUGACUGCCGAAUUUCUUAUGAUGUUUUCAGAAGUGACUGAUAUUUUAUAUUUAUAUAUUUUAGACCAAAACUUUGAUAUUUAUUGUUCUUGCACAUUUUGAAGUUUCCUUUUUUUUUUUUUUUUGGGUUGCUGCGUCUCAAACGAGGCCACGUGGUGUUCAGCCUAUACCUAUUAAUAUACCCAAGUGAUGCCAUCGGAAAUAAAUUGUGCUGCAAAUAACAAGC